UCGUUUGCUUUAGAUGGCGCUACCAAAGGUUGGGUUGGAUUUGGUAUUUCAACGGGCCAGGGGAAGAUGGACAAGGCUGAUAUGGUCAUUGGAUGGGUGAAGGACGGAAAGCCGUACUUGUCGGAUCGACAUGGUGUUGGUCAUUACCCCGCUUUAGACGACCACAAUGACUACAAGUURAUCUCUGGCAUGGAAGACAAUGGCCGUACUAUCAUCAAGUUCAGCCGAAAAGUUGACACUUGUGAUAAACAGGACCUAAAACUUAAGGAGGGUACUACAAAGGUGAUUUUUGCACUGAACGACAACGAUCYCGAGUCCCCCAAGAGUAUCCCUAAGCAUACCUUCAAAGGAAUACGAAGUAUUUUGUUGAUGAAUUCACAGGGAAAUAGGAACGAUCCGGACCCUUCCUGGAAGCAUUUUGAAAUUUUGAAUAAAAACUAUAGUGUACCAGCCCACCAUACCACCUACCACUGCUCCGUUCAUAGGAUUCCAGAAUUUGUUGGAAAGAAGCAUAUUGUUCGAUUUGACCCUGUCGUGGAGCGGGGCAAUGAAGGCAUUGUUCAUCAUUUUGUCGUCAUGGCCUGUGAUCCAGAUUUCCCAGAACACUACCAUAACAUAUCUGGCGAUUGUGAUGACAAAAGAAACAUGCCACAAGAGGUUUUGAAAUGCCGUGGAAUGGGAAUGAUGGUUUCAGCAUGGGGAAUUGGAGGAGGGCCUUUUGUAUAUCCCAACCAUGUCGGGUUUCCUAUCGGAGCGAAGUAUAUUGGAAAGCAUUUCGUCAUGGAGGUUCAUUACGACAAUCCUAAAGAGCAGUCUGGUUUCUUUGACAAUUCUGGGGUGAGGUACUAUUACACUGACAAGCCCAGGGAAAACGAUGCAGCGGUUUGGAUGGUCGGUUCUGGCGUGUCAACAUGGUUGAUGGUCCCUCCACAGCAACAAGCCUGGAGGACUGAUGGAUAUUGUAGAAGACAAUGCACAGAAGAGGUUUUGAAAAACAGCUCGUUGCCUGGAGGAGGAAUCAAAAUGUUUUCGGCGUUUUUGCACACUCAUUUGACAGGACGUGCUACUUGGACAAAACAUAUCAGGAAUGGAGUGGAAUUGCCGGAGAUUGCUCGCGACGACAACUAUGAUUUUAACUUCCAGGAUAUUCAGUUUCUGCAAAAGGAAGUCCACUUCAAACCUGGAGAUGACUUAAUCCAUACAUGUAUCUACAAUACAAUGGAUAGACAAAAACCAACAUUUGGAGGGGAAUCCACCAGAGAGGAGAUGUGCCUGAACUUCAUCUUCUACUAUCCCUUGAUACCCAAUCUCAGCACCGUUUGUACGUCUAAAGACCUUCAAGCCGGAUCAGCGCUGAUAGAUAAAUACUAUCCAGAUCUCAAGGACAAGAGAUGGGUCGGUUGGAACCCUAUCCCGGUGAGCAACAAAACAUGGACCAAGGAAAUGGUCGACGACUAUAAGAAAAUGAUUGAUGACCAAGCUGGCUUCUUCGAGAAUUAUCAAUGCAACCCGAAGAUAAAUCGUACCUUCGAGGUAGCAAUACAAGACAAGUACCAAAUCCCGAUACCAAAAAUCACUACACCUUUGCCUAAACCAAGUGACAACUGUAAAUAUGUUGAUAGCUCGGCUGCAGCAUUGUCCGGCUGGCUGUUCUCUGGGGCAAUUGGUCUCUUUGCGGCGUUCUUCUUUAUCUAAAUUUCUACAACUUGUAUCCGUAGUCUCCUACACGGUUACCUGCGCCAUCUUGAAAGGUAGCCGUGCCUUUACAUCGAAUCGAGACAACCGUUGAGCGUUAAGUGAUAGAUACCUGUGAAUAAUUGUCUCUAGGUGUGAAAGAAGGUUUCUAUCAUUUGCACGCUCAACGGUCGUCUCGCUUCGAUGUAAAGGCACGGCUACCUUUCAAGAUGGAGCAGGGAUCCGUGAAGAAGAUUAUUUACUAUGGUUAGAUUUUCAUGCCUGCACAAAAUGAAAAAACGAUUACGAAAUACUAAGCAGAGAAGUCUUGUGCCCCUGCGCCAUCUUGAAAGGUAGCCGUGUCUUUGCAUCGAAGMGAGACGACGUUAAGCUUGCAUUGAUAGGUACCCGUGAAGUCCGUGAAUAAUUUUUGUAGUGUGAAAGGUCUGUAUCAUUGCGCGAUUACUGGAAGUCUAUCCAUCUUUCGACGCAAAGGCAUGGUUACCUUUCAAGAUGGCGCAYGGAACCAUGAAGGACCCCACUCUUCCGGCAUGUUGAUCSAAAACAAUCCAAUAUUUUUUUAAUGUGUACGCAAGAAAGCCUAAAUGUCAAAUACCUGAAUAAGAACGAUUUUUAAACACGAAAAGAAGGGUAACAACAUGGAAAUGUCCGUUGAAAAGAUGACUGAGAUAGUAGUUCUUGUUCAAUUCGUUGUAAAUGAUUCAUACACAGAACUCUCUUUUUAUAAAUUGAUUAAAUUUCCAUAAAAUCAAGAAUC